AUCCACGUACUGACCGAAGUGCAGCCAGCAAGCCAACCGCGCGUUCUGCAUAUGCAUCGCUUGCUUGGGACAAUCACGUGCUGAGAUUGACAUCAACGAGUCGUGCGCGUACGGCGGGAUCGUGGAGCGGUUGGCACUUGACGGCAUGUUACAAAAGACAUCUGACAAGAUAUUUACAGAAAGCGUCGUCGUUUCACCCGUUUGUUUGAAGGUCGCAUUAAUACGGAUAUGAAACGGUUGCAUAUGCCUGCAGCUACGUAUACUUUGCGGGCCCGGCAGGUCCGGAAACCCGCGUUCCACGACACGCGGCGCGGGCAAGCCAGGCGUGAGCGUAUUGUGGGUGUGAGUUGUACGCGGCGGCGGCGUGGGCAUGUUGUACCCAACGCCAUGUAUCUGUCUCACAAUUCAUUACUUAUUUACUUUUCAUACAGUCGGGGCAUCGCAAUCACAUCAGGCCAGGAAACCGACCUCCAGAAAAGUCCUAGUGCUAUUUUCCUAGUGAUACAUAGGCAUACGGUAGUUCACGUAAGCGAUGACUGUGCACAUAUAUUCUGACACGGCGAACGGCGCUUCGCAGCUCAUCGGGCGCUUCAAGGAGCAAGUUCUAUCAUGCAUUGGCGUACAUUUGUGCUAGAGAGCUAAUCAACGGCGUGCCAAAUGGCUCCGCAAGCACGGGGCAUUCCUGGCUGCGUUAUCGCGUCAGGAUUUCUUAUACUAGUUAUACAAGCAACAGCAUUUGCUAAACUAUAUGAAGAUGGCAGCUCUGCGGUAUCGCGGGAAACGCACCAAAAGGCCGCAGCCGAUGUCCAUGGAAUUAGCAGCGGUUCAAGGCUGCGGCGCGGAGCUGACUUUGACACAACAGGCCAGAGAGUAUCCGGCGGGGUCGCGGGUCGCAGCGCGCGGUCUCGCCGCACGUUGGCGGCAGAUACCGUGCCAGCGACAACAAACGCGUCCGUCGACCCAUUUGCCACCGUCCUUGACUUGCUGCGCGCGGCGGCGGUUGUGGCGAACCUAACUGCAAAGUCCGCGCCCACGCCAUCUCCAUCUCCAUUCUUACCGAACGUUCUCCUACCAAAGCCUGGACCCGGGUCCGGCAGUGGCGGCGGCCUGCCCGUCCGAUCUCCGCCAGCGCCACCGCCAUCGCUGCCAAACCUGACUGGCUUAGUCAGCCCCGAGAUGGCGGCGCUGCUGACUAAUGCCAACGUCAGCUCGGCCCUGGAUGCGCUGCGUACGGCGUACCGUGCGGCUGACGUGGCGGCGGGCGUGGUGGCGGCCGGGAGCUGCGCCACCAGUGUGAAGACGCACAGCAUCUACCAGUGGCCCAUGCCGUCGCAGCCGUUCUUCUGCACGCUGUACAAGGUGAUGAGCUACACGCGGCUGCAGCCCGAGGCGGUUGCGAUCCAACCGCUGCCGUACCAGUGGCGGCCCAACAUGUCCACCAACGGCUCCGUUUACAACCUAACCGCCGGAGGCUAUGUGACGGCCAACCUGGUGACCAUGAUAAGUAAGGCGGCUACCUGGUCGUACAGCCGUUCCUCAUCGGCCACCAUCGCGGCGGCGCAGUCCAACGCACUGGCCCUGCUGUCGUACAACGCCAUCCAGGAUGUACCGCCGCUGCGGCUGCCAAGCGCGCUGCUGCUGUGGUACCGCAAGGACGUCCUGGCCCCCCGCGGCCUGAUCACCCCAGCAGGCGGCGGCGGCAGUAGCAGCAGCAGCAGCGGCGGCGGCAGCAGCGAGGGCGGCAGUAGCAGCCGCAGCGAUGGCGGCAGCGAUGGCGGCAGUAGCAGCAGUGGUGCUGGCGGCGAGGCGGUGCUGACGGCGCCGCGGACGUGGCAGGCGCUGCUGCGGGCGGUGGCGGCGGUGAACGGCACCGACUGGGACGGCGAUGGGUCGCCGAACUGGGGCAUCUGCAUCAACACAGCGCCAGUGUGUGACGCCAGCUACUUGCUCAACGCCAUUGCCGCCUCCAUCGCCCAGACCGGCGGCACCAGCCAGGGUUUCACCCUGGAUCCAGCUUCCAUGGCGCUCAUGUACGACAGCCCCGCCUACGAGGCGGCGCUGCGGAUCUACGCCGCACUCAUGUCGUACGCGCCGCCGCCGCUGCCGCCCUCCCAGAGCGUUUCAUUGGACGACAACUGCGAGGCCUUCGCCACGCGCUUCCACGUCCGCAACAACUGCGCCUUCGCCAUCCAGUGGGAGCACGCGCUGCUGGGCCAGAUGGCAGCGCGCAAGCCUGUGGCACCGGGCCAACCGGCGGCUGUGGCUGCGGCGACGGCCCCGGGCCCACUGGCCCCGGCGGCUGCGGCUGUAGCUGCUGCUGACGUCAGCGCUGGUGGCAGUAGCAGCAGUGGCAGCGGCAGUAGCGGUCCUGGGCCGAGUCCUCCCAUGCGGUUGCCCAAGGCAGCAGGGGCGCCUUUUCCUGGUGGCGUGCGCCGCCGCCGCAGCCUCCUCGGCAAUGCCGGUGGCAGUAGCAGGGACGCUGGCCACAGCUACAGCCACAGCAUCUCAUCGUGGGCUGCGACAGCAUGGCCGCGACUGACAGCCAUGAUGGGGCGUGGCGCGGGCGUGCGGGAGCACGGAGCGGACGAGUGGAGUCCGGUGACGGCGGCGCGGCGGCGGGCGCAGUCGGAGGCGGCGGCGCGCGCGGUGGCUGCACUCGACGCCCCGCUGGCGACACAGCUCGUGAACUUCGCACCCCUGUGCGGCAUGUUUGGCAAGGAGCGCCCCAACAGUGGCAUCAGCAACACAGCCACCGGCGAGAGUCAGGACACGGGCGCCCUGCUGCAGGCCGCCGCGGGCGCCAACAGGACUGCUGCCGGCACCACCAACACGGGGCCCCCCAGCAGCAUGGGAGCGCCUGCUGCGGGUGCAUCGGCAGUGGCCGCGCUGGCUUCCGGCCGCCACCUGCUGACGUCAGAUGGCGGCGAGCACUCCGCGGAUGCGGAUGCGGAGUCACAGCAGUGGGCUGUUGCGUCUUCGUCGACGCAGGGGCGGCGGGGUGGGCGGCAGCUGCUGCAGUCGCUGGGCACGACUGUCAGUGGCAUAUACGACCUGGGCGGCUGGUGGGCGGCAGACCUGGCGGCGCCGCCGCCCGCGCCCUUCAACAACAGCGGCAGCAAUCCAGGCAUGGAGGACGCGAUCAAGAACUUCAUGGAGAUCUGGACCAGCCUCAUGCGCGCCUCGCUGCGUGACGGACUGCUGCCCAGCGCCAGACCGGACGUGGCGUCCGACAUCUCCACCGCCUCGUUCAUGCAGCUGAAUGUGAGCGAGGCCGAGGUUCGCGACUUCCUCGUCGCCUUCUGGGGUUCCGUAUGGAGCCCAAACAUGGCGCUAGAGCUCAGCCUGAAUGGCCAGCAGUACGAGCACUUGUACCUCAGCGAGGCUGCCUUCAACGUGACGGCGCGCGGCGGGGCGCAGGAGCCCCGGGCGGUGCUGGGGCGGGCGCAGCAGGGCAUUGCGCGCGUGGUGGCGGAGAUGUAUCCUGACCCCGACGCGCUGUCCCAGCGGCGUCAGGCGGCGUGGGCCAUGUUGGGCUACGACGCGCCGCCGCCGCCGCCGCCGGCCGCCGUGAUCCUGGAGAGCGGCAGCAGCAGCACCAAUCUGGCGCUGGCCGUUGCGCUGCCGCUGUCACUUGCAAUCGUGCUGGCGGCGGCGCUGCUGGGUGUACUGCUGUACCGCCGCCGCUACCUCAAGGUGACGCUGCUGGGCAAGGUGAUCGCACCGGGCGCAGGCGCCGCCACCACCCUGGUCGUGACCCACAUCCAGAACACCGAGCGACUGUGGGAUACGCUGCCGACGGCGGUGGUGGACACGGCACUGGCGCUGCAUGCGGACGCCUUCCGUCGCCUGCUGCCUAAGCACAGGGGCUACGAGUCCGCGGUAGAGGCCGAGUCAUUUGUGCUGGCCUUCCACAAGCCCCAGGACGCAGUCGCGUUCUGUGUGGACGGAGUUGAGCUGUUGCUGCUAGACUGGCCGCAGCCGCUGAUGGAGGCGUGCGACGCCGCACCCGUCUGGCUGCAGCCGCAGGUUGCCGCCCUCUCGCCCGCCGAUCUACUCAGCAACAAGGCGCUCGCGCCCAACGCCGCCGCCUCCAAAACGGGCGUGCCGCCGCCGCCGGGCCCAGGACUGGCAGCACUGCAGAGCUCGCUGCUCGCUUUCAUGGCUGGAGACGUGUCGCGUCAUUCGUCUCCGGUAGUGCUGGCAUCCCCGCACGUGCGGCUGCCUACUGGCGGCGGCGGCGGUGCGGCCGUGUUCGGCGGCGCCGGCGGAUACGGCAUUGGGCUGGGAGGCAUGGGCGCAUUGAAUGGCGGGCUGGGCUGGGUCUUGGAUGCGGAUCUGGGUCCUGGCGGCGGCGCGAGCGGGAACGGCCACGCCGCGACGCGCGGCGCCCUGGCCAUGGCGGCGGCCGUUGACGGCGCCGCCACUGGCGGCGGCGGCGGCGGCGGCGGCGCCGAGCGCGCCGGCACGCGCAGCUCCUUCCCGCUGCGGCUCAUCAGCGGGACGGUCGGCGGCGGCGGCGGCGGCGGCGGCGGUACAUGCGUACAGCUGGCGGCGGUACUGCAGCAGGUAGCGGGUGCGGGUGCCGCCGCCGCGGCGGCGGCGGCCGUCGGCCGCGUCGGCUCCGUCGCGGGUGGCGGCGCCGCCGCCGCCACCCGCAUGGGCGAUGCCGCCGCCGCUGACGCGGGCGCCGGCGCCGGCGCGCUCCCUUCGUUUCCCACCAGCAGCAUCACAGGCAGCAGCAGUGUGCCCGUGUCCACGCCGCCGGGCGCCACGGGCGCUGGCGGCGGCUUGGGAACAAUGGCGGCGGCUGGGCCGCACCGGGUUCCGGACGGCGCGCCGCCGCUGCCCCGCACUGCUGGCGGCGGCGGCGGCGGCGGUGCUGGAGGCGGCGGCGGCAUCUUGCUGCACCGUGUGGAUUCCCAUUCCUGCAUCAGCCUUACCGAGUAUCCAGAGUCGCUGCUACAGCUCGCUGGCGGCGCCGCCGGCACCGGCACUGGCACCGGCAGACGCACUACAGCCAAUACCAACACGGGCUCUGGCGGCGCCGCCACCGCGCCGGCGGCGGCUGCGUCUGCCGCCGCCACCGGAGCAACUGCCACCGCCACCGCCCCCAACACCGCAACCGGCGGCGCGUCUGCUGCAGUUCAUGGUGCCCGGUCUGGUGCCGGCGGCGCCGGCGGCGGCACCGGUGACGCGGCGGCGGCGGCGGCGGCUGGUGGCGGUCUGGAACGUGCGGGUACGGCGGACACUGCGUACGACACGGCGGAUGAUGACGACGAGCUGCUGCGCAUCCCGCCCGAGGCGCGUGUGGCGGUGGCACUUGGGAGCGCACUGCAGCUGCUGUGGCCCCAGGCCGCCCUCCCGCCGCGCCCCGACUCGCCCGCCAGCGGCCAGCUGUAUCGCGGCCUACGGGUGGCGGCGGGCCUGGCGGCGGGGCUGGCGGCCAGACACGUGGCGCCCAGCCGCGCCGCCGGCCGCACCCAGUACACCGGCCCCACGGUGGUGCGGGCGGCGGCUGUGGCUGCGGCGGCGGCGGGUGGUCAGGUGCUAUUUGGCCCGGACGUGAUGGGCGCACCAGGCGGCGGCCCCAUUGGCGGCGCGCUGCGCUCCAGCCCUGGCCUGGCGCCGCUGCUAGUGCACUUUGGAGACUUCCUGAUAAAGGGCGCUCCGCGCCGCGCUGGCAGCGUUGCCUCCGGCAUCGCUCCCACGCAGCUCGCGCACAACAGCGCAGCCUCUCGCGCCAUCAGCGGUGGCGCCAGCGCCGGCGCCGCGGCCGCUGCCGACCGCGUCGGCUUUGCGACCCGCAGCGGCGCCAGUGGCACCUCUUCCGGUGCCGCCGUCGGCGCCGCCACCGGCUCCGUCGGCGCCGGUACGGUCGCCUCCGCUUCCAUGGCGGCCGCCGCCGCCACUGGCGGCGGCGCUGCUGACGUCAGCGCUGGCGGCGGCGGUGUGCUGACGCUGCAGGCGGUUGUGGACUCUGUGCCGCUGUAUGUGGUGGUGGCGCCGGCGCUGGCGCCGAGGCUGGUGUCGUACCCGGCCCUGCGCUGGGCGCAGCAGGCCGCUGGCGGCACGCUGGACGCACCCGUGGGCUGCCCCACAGUCGCCCACAUGCAGGUGGUUGGCGCCGCCAGCCUGCUGGCCUGGCGCCACGACGUUGCUACAGCCGCCCUCGCCACCUGGAGCGCGACCUGCCGCCGCCUGCUGCGGCUACAGCCACACACAGGCCCUGUCGCAGCUGCCACAGCUGGCGGCGGCGGCGGAAAUGGUGCGGCGGCGUGCUACAGCCGAGGCAGUGGCGGCAGUAGCAGUGGCCGCGGCGGCGGCUGGGCGGGGGGGUAUCUGGUGGAGGCGGGGGAGGGGCACAUGCUCGCGGCGUUUGGGGACGCGGGCGCGGCGGCGGUGUGGAGCUACGCCUGCACCGAGGCGAUGCUUGAUGUGGACUGGCCGGAGGAGCUGCUGGACCACGAGCUGUGUGAGGAGUGGGCGGUGGUGGAGCGCCAACACCCGGGGGCCAUCAUGGACGGAAACAUGAUGGUGAUGGGCUUUGGCAUGCUGGGCGGCGGAGGAGGAGGGGGAGGAGGGGGAGGAGGCGGAGGGGAAGGGGGAGGCGGUGGCGACAGCGGUGGCGUGCCGGGCGCAGGCGGCGGCGGCCGCCGCGCUGGUGGGCGCCGGUCGCACGUGACGGAGUUCCGUAACGGCUACCGGCACCGCGUGCUCAUGCGCGGCCUCAGGCUCAAGGUUGGCAUGGACUGCGGCCCGCUCAAGUACGGCAUCAGCCCCGACACCGGCCGCGUGUCGUACCGCGGGCGGGCGCUGGGCCGCGCGGCGCGCAUCGCGGCGCACGUGGCGUCCAGCGGGCAGGUGCUGUGCAGCGGCCCGGCCUGGGAGGCGGCGCAGCGGAGCGAGCUCGUGGAGGCCGCCAACCUGGUGGGUACAAGCAUCGGCGAGCACCACCUCCGAGGCGGCGGCGGUGGCGGCGGCGGCGGCGGCCGGGUGCCCAUCGUGCGCAUCAUCGCCGCCGAGGAUUUUGAGUACGAAGCAGGUGCCGCUGCCGUGCCCGUGGGGGCCCCCGGCCAGGUCCGACACGACGGCUACGACGAUGCAGGCGACGGCGACGACUGCGGCACGGUGAGGAUGGUGCUGGAAGAUGGAGAGAUGCAACAGCCGGCGGCAGUGCCUGGUGGCUCCGGCGGCGGCGGCAGCGGCUAUCCAGCCGCCGGCCUGGCGGCGCGCGGCGGCGCGCGGCUUGGCGCCGCGUCUGUGGGCGCAGAGGAGCUGGUGAUUGUGGUGGGAGAGGCGGCAAGCAGUGUGGGCGGUGGCGGCGGCGCGGCGUCGGCGAACAUGCGGCCGAGCUAUGGCACCCUGCCGCUGAACCUGAGUCGUGACAUCGCAGCGCUGAUGGCGGGCGGUGAGGAGGAGGGAGAGGAGCAGUCGGAGCGGCGCGGCGGCAGGGGCGGCCGGGUUCGGCCAAAGGCGGCCGAGGCUCUACUGGAAGCGUCGGCGGCCGGCGCUGCUCUGUGAUCGUGAUUGUGUGAGAGAUGCUGAUCAUGAUCUUACUGGUCUUGAUACUGAAUGAUGCCGUACUUUCGUACCUUGGUACUUCGGAUUUGUGUCAGUGUCAUUUGAGUAGCUCCGGUCAGAUGCCAGGACUAGGAAUCAUUGCAGACCUCGCUUACUGAUCAUGAUGGCCUUCGCUGCGUAAAAUGGUACCUGCGCACUUAUCGUUGUUGGUACUGGGGGUAUAGCCAAGCACACACUUGGGUCGAACAUUUCAAUCGUGCGGACUGCACGUCGUUUACCGGUCAGUCUUCUUGAUUGAGCUUUAGCCGCGGGGUUUCCAUGGAGAUUGCAGUGUAUGGCUUCUGAUGCCUGUUUGUCUUGAGUCCUGCCAUUUGGGGCACCCUGCAUUGAUUGCAAAGACGAGAAUGAUUGCCCAUCAGUUCGUUUCGUACGACAACUUGUGUCCUCAUGUUCUAGUUAUUAUCGUUUGCCGCUCGCAAUAAUGGAACACGCCGGGCUUUACUAUAGCAAUGACUGCUCAGAAGCUGCAGGGUUCCGUAUGCAGGAUUCAUUCGUUGUGUGCGAGUUGAUGUGACCUUACGGGCCCAAUGGUGAUCGGUGACGCCGUAAGGUAACUGCCCCUGGUGCUUACUAUGGACUGCAACACGGAGAUGGCCUAGCUUGUGAUGCCUCGUUUCGUACCGUUCAGGGUUUAUUUGGUGCUGCUGCUAGACGUUGUGAGACAGGGACAGACGGAGGGCCACUCGUGUUAGGUUUGACUAGAUUUUGCUUGACCGUUGCUGCUUUGGCAGCGGGCGUAGGGAUGUGCCACAGGGGGGAUGGACCGACUGGUGCUGACGGGUCUCUGGAACAGUGGAGCAGUGGCGCUGCGUGGUGUUGCGGAAUGCACACGGACGAGGCCCUUGACCGAGGCGGCCGUAGAUGGUAAGAUUGACAGGAACGAAGGAGGAUAGUUGGGAAUGACCUGGCGCGCUGAGGAGUCGGACAAGCUCUUCGGAAAACGGGGUUAACCGGAACGGGUGGGGUGGGUUCGGCCAGUCGGCCAGACGGCCAGCCCAGUUCCGAGCCAUUCUUUAGGGGAUAUUGAGCAACGGAUUAUAUAGACGACCAUGUC